UCGAAACGUUGCCAAAAUAAAAAAAAAUAACAUCUCCUUCCCUUCGGAUCGAUUUUGGUACUGUAUUGAAAUCUAAACAUGUGCAGCGUUGAUAAUACAAAACGUAUUGCCACUUUUCUCGAUGUGCCACUCGGGAAAGUCGGCUACAAUUCCGAAAAGAUUCUAACCAGAACAAAAUCCGCCUCGGAACCAAGCAUCUCAGGUUUUUCCUCCAUAGUACAGUCGCUGAUUCGCGAAUCGAAAAAGUCCUCAGUGAGACAGCUUCAUUCUCAGUUUGAGACGGAAUGCCAAAUAUUGCAGUGGUUAGAUUAUGCUGUCCUGUUUGUGGCCCCAUCCAACAAGGAUAAACAUACCGCCAAGAACCUGUUGGAAGAACUAAAUUUCUACUUGCAAUCCCGAUCUUACCUGGUAAAUGAUACACUCAGCGUGGCGGAUGUUGUGGUUUUUCACACUAUUCACGAAACGAUGGCAAAUCUUCAACCACUCGAAAAGGAAAACUUCCUAAAUGUGUCCCGCUGGUUUCAUCAUCUUCAGCAGCUGGAAGAAAUUCGUCAAGGUAAAAUUUUGUUGAAUUUUUCCACACUACAGCUAUUGGAAUGGGCCACCGGUACCCACACCUAAGCUAUAAAACGGUGACGAUCGAUCGCUUCUAACAGUCAAGAGGACUUGUAUGGACAUUACUGUAGCACAUACCUCGUGACGGAACGGAUUUUAAGGUACAGUAACGUCUUUGAUAAUGUCCGAACUAGAAGCAAUAGCUCACAUUGAUAUGUAAUAAAUUAUAUGAAUCUUA